AUGACGCAAGACGCCCAAUCCCAAUCUCAUGUCUCCCUCACGAAACCAACUCUCCUCGCCUCCUUACCUCCCUCCGCCCUACCUAAACCCCACGGCGGCUCUGACUCGCCUCGUUUAAUCAUGAUCGGUGAUGUACAUGGGCAGCUCGACGCGCUGGACGCGUUACUCUCCAAAGUUGGGUACUCGAGCGCGCGAGGCGAUACGGUUGUCUUCACGGGGGAUAUGGUGAACAAGGGCCCAAACAGCGGGGGUGUAGUAGACCGCGCCGUGGAGAUAGGCGCAUAUAGCGUGCGCGGUAACCACGAAGACCGUGUGCUGCGGGCAUGGGCUGAAAUGCAGGCCGAUGCAAAUACAGAUACGGAUACGGACACAGAAAUAGAUGAAGAAGCGGAAGCGGAAGGGGACGCAGAGGCAGAAGGGAAGAAAAAGAAGAAGAAACACGGACAUAAGCACAAGCAUAAGGGUAAGAAAGAAGACCGCAGAACGGCAAAGAGCCUCACAUCAGCCCAGCGCUCCUGGCUCGCCGCGCGGCCCGUCAUCCUACGCAUUGGCACUAUAUCUCCGUAUUACGGGGACAUGGUGGUUGUACACGGGGGUCUAGUCCCCGAUAUAGCGCUCGAAAAGCAAGACCCGCAAGUAGUCAUGAACAUACGAACUAUCAUCAUGCCUUCCUCCUUCUCCCCCGAGUCCCUCCUUGAUUCCCUAGAUUCAUCUAUCGACUCCUCUUCACACCCACACCUAAAGCCGAGCGAGGGCCGCGAAGGACACCCUUGGUCCAAGGUAUGGAAUGAUUUAGAGAAAGCGAAACGGAAGAAGGGGCGCCACGGGAUGCCAACAACGACAACCGUAGUCUACGGCCACGACGCCAAGACCGGCCUCAGCAUACGGCGAUACGCGUUCGGACUAGAUAGCAAUUGUGCGCGAGGCGGGGAGUUGACAGCGCUUGUAUUCGAGCCGACUUCACCUUCAACCACCGUUUCCAAUCCCCCAGACAGCAGCAAUAACAACAACGACAACGACACCGAAAAUGCAGAAAUGACAGCGUCCGAACAGCUCGAGCAGGCCAAACACGGAAUAACGCAUCGACUCGUCAGCGUCGCCUGUCGGGCUCGCUAA